CACCAACUGCUUCAACUCACACCAACAACAUUAGCUUCUUCAAACACAAGCCUAAAAUUCCCUCUUCUUCUUCUAGCACAUGGGAGCGUUUCAAGAGCCGCUGCAUCGCGUCCCUUCCUCUCAUGGACUCUUCCUCGCUUCUCGAAUCUAAAAAGAACAAGUACAUCACCAACACCGCCCUGCAUACGGAGAAAAGAGACGAACUCGAAAGAGAGGUGUCCGUACUCAACAAAAUGCUGGCACACGAGCAGAAAGUGCACGAGUAUCUCGAACGAAUCCAUGACCGCAAGGACGGAUCCGCUCUCACCAUUCCCAAUUUCCUCCCGCCAAAAACGAAGGAGACGCUGGCUGAGCUGGCAAUGGUGGAGAACGAGAUCACCCGUCUCGAGAGCCAGAUCAAGCACCUCCAGCAUCAAGUGAAACGCGAAAAGGACGACAACAUCGAAAAGAAGUACAAGGAGUGGGGCCGCGCAGCCCCCCCUAAGCCCCACCACGACCAUCCAAACAAACGGACUAACGACCACAAGCCCGCGUUCGACACAAAGGCGCUCCAUUUCAUCAACAAGGCCAUCAACGGAGACUUCCACAACUCCAAGGCCCCACCAAAUCCCCGGAGAGCCGCCCUGCUCAAGCACCCCUCUCCCCUCCGGGAGCCACGGAAUCCUACUCCAAGGAGAGAUCGCGUCUAUGAUGUUCCACCGGAUUAUCCAACCCGAGUGGCAUCAUCAACUCCGUUGCACACGGAGGAGGAAAGCAUCCAUCGGUUAACGCCUAACAAGCUAUCCGAGAGAAUAAUGAAGUGCCUCAUCUUCAUCUACAUGAGACUGCUCCGGACUUCUAGAGUGAUGGAGCUCGAGAAGUCCGGCUCCAUCGCUCGUUCCACAAACUUCUCCCUCAGCUUCAGGGCAGAGGCCAACUCAAACUCGAAAACAGGCCUAACGCUGCACAAGGACUCGAGGCAGCAAGAUCCUUACGGAAUCUUCGAUUCCGAGGCGUCUGUCCCGAGGGAUAUCGGUCCGUACAAGAACUUGGUCAGAUUCACAUCCAGCUCCAUGGACUUCAAAUGCAUCCAGAAUUCAAGCUCAGUCCCUUUGUUUCAAAAAUUGAAGGUGAUGAUGGAUGGGCUACAAAAGGUGGAUUUGAGGUUCAUGAGCCAUCAACAGAAGCUGGCGUUUUGGAUCAACAUGUACAAUGCUUGUAUUAUGCAUGGAUAUCUGCAGUAUGGUGUUCCAUCUGUUCUUAAUCAUGACAGCCUGCUGAACCUGAUCAACAAGGCAACUCUCAACGUAGCUGGAAACACGAUAAACGCUCCGGUAAUCGAACGUUUCAUUUUGAGAAAGCCACAGGAAUCACUCGUCAAAGAGAUUCUUGGCAAGGAGAAUGAGAGCAAAGAGAUGAUCGUCGGCGACCUCUACGGGCUCGAAACGCCGGAUCCCAACAUCAUCUUCGCCUUGUGCUGCGGCACGCGCUCUUCUCCCGCCGUGAAAAUAUACACGGCGGAGGGCGUGACGGCGGAGCUGGAGCGGUCGAAGCAGGAAUAUCUGCAGGCGGCGAUAAUGGUGAGCGGCGGCGCGAGGAAGAUCGCUCUUCCCGAUCUUCUGCUGACGAACAUGGCCGACUUCGCGGCCGACAAGGAGUCGCUGAUGGAGUGGGUGUGCCAGCAGCUGCCGACGUCGGGAGCUUUGAGGAAAUCGAUCGUCGAUUGCUUCAGAAGCUUCCACGGCGGGAAGGGGGCCGCGGCGGCGGUUGUGGAGAAGAUAGCUUAUGAGUUCGAGUUUCAGUAUUUGUUGGUUGUAUGAAAGGAUUGUACAUAUUUUCUUUGCAAAUAUUUGUAGAAUUAAGGCGCUAUUUAUUCCAUAAUAUUGUCGAUAUGUUAGUGGAAUUUGAUUUUUUUUUUUUUUUAAGAAUGGUGAAUAAGAGGUGAUGCAUUUGGUGAUUUGGUGUAUGGUUUGUUAUGUGUGAAAUUUAAAGAGAGAUAAAUAGUUUCAUUAUA